CACAAAAUCUGAUUAUAUACUUCUUGAACUACCUUUUUUUGGGGUAAUGGGAAAUAUCUGGCAUGUUGUGUUUUGUAAAGUCCAAAUAAGCCACAGCACAUUUGCCUGACUAGAAGUGUGUGGCUGGUACGUUACAGCUGUCAGACGAGCUAAGAGACGGCGGAAGACAACAUUUUUAUUCCCAGUCGUGUGAACUCAUUGCAGCCGUCAAAAUGUUCGAGGAGGCGAGCGAAGUGUUCGAUAACAUGUUUAAAUCCUCAUUCCCUCUCACCUUUAUUGUCUUUAUCCCCGCGGUGCUCAUCCUGGUGUCGCCGCUCCCGGCCGAAGCCGCACAUGAGUUCACGGUGUAUCGCAUGCAGCAGUACGACCUGCAGGGACAGCCCUACGGUACCAGAAAUGCCAUCCUGAACACCGAGGCCCGGACGGUGGAGGCGGAGGUACUAAGUCGCCGCUGUGUCAUCAUGCGGCUGGCGGACUUCUCUUACGACAAGUAUCAGAAGGCCUUGCGUCAGUCGGCGGGGGCGGUGGUCAUCGUCCUGCCUCGAAAUAUGUCCACGAUGCCCCAGGACAUCGUGCAGUUCAUGGAGCUGGAGCCGGAGAUGUUGUCCACCGAGACCAUCGUCCCCGUCUACUUUGCCAUGGAGGACAAUGAGCUGUUGUCCAUUUACACCCAAACCCUGACCUCGUCCUCGUCGCAGGGAGCUCUGUCUGCGGCAGAAGUAUUGCUGCACACGGCCACCGCUAACGGCUUCCAGAUGGUCACCAGCGGUUCUCAGAGCAAGGCCAUGAGCGACUGGGCCAUCACCAGUCUGGAGGGGCGCCUGGCUGGUGUCGGAGGCGAGGACCUGCCCACAAUAGUCGUGGUGGCCCAUUAUGACGCCUUUGGAGUCGCUCCGUGGCUGUCGUACGGCGCCGACUCAAAUGGAAGCGGUGUGUCCAUGUUACUGGAGCUGGCCCGUCUCUUCUCGAAACUCUACACCUAUAAGAGGACACACGCUGGAUACAACUUGUUGUUCUUUGUAUCUGGUGGAGGCAAGUUCAACUACCAGGGCACCAAACGCUGGCUGGAAGACAACCUGGACCACACAGACUCCAGCCUGUUGCAGGACAACGUGGCUUUUGUGUUGUGUCUGGACACUCUGGGCAACGGAGACGCUCUGCACCUGCACGUGUCCAAACCCCCCAAAGAGGGAACUCCUCAGUUUGCUCUGCUCAAGGAGCUGGAGAUGGUGUCCAGCAGCCAGCACCCCGAGGUCAAGUUCUCCAUGGUGCACAAGAAAAUCAACCUGGCCGACGACAUGCUGGCCUGGGAGCACGAGCGCUUCGGGAUCCGCCGCCUGCCGGCCUUCACGCUCUCACACCUGCCCUCGCACCGUCUGGCGCAGCGCUCCAGCAUCAUGGACGUGCGGUCAGUGUCACCCUUUCCUCGCCACGGAGCGGGAGAGCCCCCUGCUGGGCCUCACGUUGACGUCCACAAGCUGAGCAGGAACACCAAAGUGGUGGCAGAAGCUCUGGCCCGAGUUAUCUACAACCUGACAGAAAAGGGCGCUCCCAGCGACAUGCAGAUCUUCAGCGAACAAAUGAAGGUCCAGGAGGAGCACCUGUCCGCCGUGGUGGACUGGCUCACGGCGCAGCCUCGAGCCGCCCAGCUGGUGGACAAGGACAGCAGCGUGGUGUCCACCUUGGAGUACCACUUGGGACGCUACCUCAAGGAUGUCAAGAAACACUACGUCAAAGCAGACAAAAGGGAUCCAGAGUUUGUGUUCUAUGAUCAACUCAAGCAGACCAUGAAUGCAUACAGAGUAAAGCCGGCCAUCUUUGACCUGCUGCUGGCCGUCUGCAUCGCUGCAUACCUGGGUGCCAUGUACCUGGCCAUACAGAACUUCGGCUUGUUGUACAGCGUGGUGCGUAGACUCACACAACCCAAAACCAAGACACACUAAAGCCACACCCUUCCCAACACACAAACUUUAUUUGUAUUUUUUAUUGGGACACAACCCCUCCCCCCCUCCGCCCUCCCCCGUCAUCCUCUGCUGCACUCCUACGAUGAUGUCACAUUGUGAUGAUGUCACUUUAUGACGAUGUCACAUCCUGUCCUCGCUGCCCACUUUUGGCAAUCUCCAACGCACUGACGUCAACGAAACAUACAACUUUUUUUUUUUCUUCCAUGGCCUUUUGAUACACACGGUUGAAAUAAUAGGUAAAAAAAAAACACAUCCUGUAAUUGAUUAUUUUCCAAUAUUACCUUCUUUUGUUGCGCCCAUUUUGUCGUCUUCCAGCAAACUUUCUGUAGGCCAGAGUCCGACACCUUUGACAAUACCAGGAAAAGGUGCGUGUCCCUUAAAGACGUGGUCUCUCUGAUGAAUAACCAUAACAAUAAAAUAAGUGAAGCUGCCAUGAAAACAACCAUCUCAUUGGUUGUUGGCAAGCCUCUAUUAAAAUACUUGCCCCGCCCCCUUUAAAAACAACAAAAUAACCCUUCAAAUUUGGACUUGUCAACAAAAGUCCAUUUUCUUGUCUAAUCUUUUGUGUGUAAGCGUAGAUAAUUAGUUGUAAUCAGCGUGUGUCGCCAUGACCAAGGUCUUAAGGAAGGAAAUGUGUGUUACUGCAUGACGUGUGUUUAAAAAAAAAAAAAAAAGUCACUUCCUGUUGACACUUUUGACCAACUUUAAAGCCACAAUGUCCAUGACACUUAAUUUAUUAAUCAUUGAUUGUUGGACUUUGCAAGAAUAAAAUUGUUUUCCAUACUUGAA